AUGGUUCGAAUCAGCAACAGUGCCUAUCUCGCAAUGCUUACGAUGGGUGUUGGCCUGCUCACCUAUUCAGCUACUCCGGCGGUAGCCACGUCAUCGUCAUCAGGCGCUGCCGCAACAGAACCGCUCAAAAUUGAAGUGAUGCACCGCCCCAGCACGUGCCUCAUCAAGUCACAGAAAGGAGAUAAGCUGUCAAUGCAUUGUACGCACACCCGGCGCGAUCAAAAUAGACAACCUGGCACCACUGACGCUGCGCUGUCCCGUUGGCCUCUCACACAGACGAUGGAACGCUUCUCGAGGGGACUCCGUUCGACUCCUCACGAAAACGUGGACAACCGUUCGAGUUCACGCUCGGCAAAGGUCAAGUCAUUGCAGGAUGGGACCAGGGUCUGACCGAAAUGUGUCCUCAAGAGAAGCGACGCCUCACGAUUCCUUCCUCUUUGGCCUAUGGUGAGCUAGCCCUCUCCUCUGAUCCUCAAGCGCAAUCUGACCCGGUGCCCACCCAUAUGAACGAUCUGCACGGAUUCAUCAGGCGACCGAGGAGCCGGUGGGGUUAUUCCUCCCAAGGCGACGUUGGUCUUCGAGGUGCGUUCAACGCGACGAUUUGCCUCCAGAGAUUGCUGAUAACUGAUGUGACCGCGCUUUAGCGGUGUCUGCUUCGCAGGUUGAGCUCCUGGCCAUCAAGAAUCGCAAACCUGGAAAGGACGAACUAUGA